AUGGGUAGCCGAACUCUGAGAGAGCAUUUGCAAGUGGAGCCGCUUGUGACCCUUGGCCAAAAGUACCGGAUCCUGGCUCCCAGUUCCUCGCUCCGUGAGCAUCUCACCGACAGCUACUGGUGCUCCUCGAUGGAAGAGGUGUGUGGGGGCAAGAUUGUAGGUGUAGCCGUGCGCUACACUGGACAGAAUCUUGUCCUGAUGCAGUUCAUCCCGAAAAAGGUUUCUCCAGCUGGUUAUCGUUAUCCCGUAUCCAUGUCUAUCCCCGUGGAGUACUUGGUGCCUGUGGCAACUCGCUCUAGCGCAGAAAGUCAGUCGAUGGCUGGUAGCUUUCAUUCCUCCCCCGAGCCAUCGGAAGGCACGCUGCAUGGGGAUGGCGUCACCCGGUUGUGUGUGGUUUGUGGGAGGUACAACGUCCCAGGUAUGCUGCUGCGUCGCCACGGGUACAAGUGCAGGGGAUGUGUGGGUAAAAAAUCCAAUGCAGCCUUGCGCACUGAGGUUUCCCGUGUAAAGGAAGAGGUGAAUGUCUAA